AUGUUUAUGAAAACAGCUCGUAUUAUAGGUGGUGAACAAGUAACUGUUCAUCAAAGUUGGCCUUGGAUAGUAUCAAUUCGUCGAUGGGGUCAUCAUGUUUGUGGUGGAGUUAUUAUUUCUGCAUCAUUUAUUCUAACAGCUGCUCAUUGUAUACCUUCAAUAACGGGUCUAUCAGUUGCAAUUGGUAUUACUCAGCAAUCAAAUUUAACUAAUAAUGAUAGUCGUAUUCAAGUUAUUACUACAGUUUAUUUACAUCCAAAUUGGAAUGCUAAAAAGAUGCAUAAUGAUCUUGCAAUUCUUCAACUUGAACAUUCAUUAAAUGGUGCGUUAUUCAAUGCAAUAUGUUUACCUUUAAAAACCGAUGUUUUAUUAAUUGGUAGUGAAGUUAUAGCGAUUGGUUUUGGUCGUGAAAAAGAAUCAAGUACAAGAUCAUCGGAUGUGUUACGUCAAAUAAAACUUCGUAUACUUUCUCAUACAUCACACACUUGUGAAAACGAAUUAACUGAUACGCAUACACAAAUAUGUGCUGGAUUAGAAAUGGCUGGUAAAGAUACAUGUAAAGGUGAUAGUGGUGGACCAUUAAUGUAUUUUUCUUCAAUAAAAAGUCAAUUUGAACUUGUUGGAAUUGUUAGCUAUGGUACUGGUUGUGGUCAUGCACAUCAUGCAGGAAUAUAUACUCGUGUAUCAGCUUAUUUAGAUUGGAUUGAAACUAUAAUAAAAAAAUGA